AUGGUACUCGCAUUCCGGGAGAUGCCUAACGGGCAUAGUGCUGUGCGGAUUGCGGAGGUGGUGGAGGAGGUGAUGGAGGAGGUGAUGGAGGAGGUGGUGGAGGAGGUGGUGGAGGAGGUGGUGGAGGAGGUGGUGGAGGAAUGGAAGUUGGAGACGCGUUGCCUCGGUCUCAUGACCGACAACGCGUCUUCCAACGUUGCGGCCCUCCGUUUGCUCUCUGAGGAGGGCGUGCGCAAGCUGUACUUCCACGAGUGCGCGCACUUUAGAUGCCUCGCACACAUCGAACACUGUAGACUUGUCAUCAAAUGCACGUGA